UAUAGUCAAGCAAAUCAGGUAAACAUGUUAGCUACAGACUAACUAGCCGUUGCUAAUUCUUUAAUGUAUAAUGUAUGGCCCACUUUGACUUUAUGCUGUGCAGGUGCAGCCGUCCCAUGUGAUAAUGUCCUGGUUUUUAUUGGCGAUGAUGCAAUAUCCUGGAAUUAACAAUAAAACACUGAAAAGAAAGGUUUGGGUGUGGGGAAAGAUAAAGCAGGUUUCACAGUAUCUCUAACAGGAGAGCAAAGUACGAUGCAUCAAGACAUAGAAAAACUGGUUCUGUACAAUUGCUGUCAGAACUUUUACUGGUCAAGGAUUGGAAAGCAUCAUGGCUGAAGCUUUGUCCUGUUUUGAGGAGGAUUUCACAUGCAUCAUCUGUUGUGAGGUCUUCACCGAUCCGGUCACGCUGAAAUGUAGCCACAGUUUGUGUGAGAAAUGUCUCCAGCGUUUCUGGACGACUCAGGACGUGGCGCGGUGUCCAGUCUGUCGGAAGGAAUGCUCUCACGACGAACCCACCAAGAGCCUGGCGUUCAGAGCACUCUGUGAGACCUUCAAGAAGAGGAAACCCUCCGCUGUUUCAGGAGACGUUUGUCCAGAACAUAAAGAGGAGCUCAAACUCUUCUGCUUUAAGGACCAGCAGCCCAUCUGUUUGGUCUGUUACACGUCAAAGAAGCAUGAAAAUCACAAGUGUUCUCCUGUCGACGAGGCCGCUGGGAAUUUAAAGAGAGAUCUCAAGACACAAAUGAACAAACUUCAAGAGACCCUUGAUAAACUCAAGAAAGCCCGUGAGAGCUGUGUGAAACAGGCUGAGCUCAGUAAGGAACACAUCAGUAUGACAGAAAACCAAAUAAAGAAGGAAUUUGAGAAGCUCCAUCAGUUUCUUCGAGACGAGGAGGAGAAACACAUCAGAUCAUUCCAGAAAGAAAUGCAACCUCAAGAUGAGAAACUCAAGGCUAGAAUGAAGGAGCUGUCCAAACAGAUAUCAGAUCUGUCUGAGAGGAUGGCAGCCGUCUGGCAGGACAUGGAAGAAAAAAACAUCACAUUUGUCCAGAAUUACAGUGAUACAAUAAAAAGACUCCAAUCCCCGUCAGCACCAAAUACGACCCUUAGACUACAGAAGUACCAACACUAUCCCAUUCAGACAAUCAUUUUCACCACCUGGGCCAGGAUGCAGAAUCUUGUUGAACACCCUCCUGUGACUCUGGAUCCAGACACAGCCUCCAGUAAACUACAGGUGUCAGAAGAUUACACCAGUUUUCGCUAUGUCGAAAUGCAAAUGCACAACUUUGAUAACCCAGAGAGGCUGUGUGUGGGAGUGCUGGCGUCGCAGGGCUUCAGCUCAGGUGUGCACUGCUGGGACGUAGACGUGAGAGAAAGCGACCACUGGAUGUUGGGAGUGGUUGGGGAAACAGUGAACCGCAAAAGACUUUACAAAAUGGAUCCAAGGAGUCGUUUUUGGUGUUUACGUUUUAUUGAUGGUGAAUACAAAAAAGGUUAUAAACCUGUCGGAUGUAUUGAUGAGUGGCCAAGUAUCAUCCGACUGCAGCUGGACUUUGACAAAGGAGAGCUGAGAUUCAGUGAACCCUUCAGAAACAGGGUUUUAUGCACCUACACCGGUGGAUUUCCAGAGAAGGUGUUCCCAUAUUUCUGUAGUGGAGAUUUUUUUAAGUCACUGUAUCUUUUUCCGGCAUAUAAAGGACACUUCUAACAUGAUUUUUUUCCUAUUUGAAUGUGUUGCUAUUGACAGUAAUGUCGGGGGUAAUUUAUCAGAUGUGAUGACCUCAUUGUGAUUAUUUAAUAAUGGGUUCUCAAUGGAUUUAAUUCUCAGGGAAAGCAAGAGCUGAUGAAAUGUGUACCUUGAUCGGAUAAAAGAGUCUAAAUCAACAAAUAUAAAUGUUAAUCAAGCAAUGUGUUCAGUAUAAAGGGCGAUGUAUUAAUAAUAAGCCAGAUUUA